AUGUUUAGUAUUGGAGCUGUUCUUUUGGGAACAGAUCUUUUUGGUUUGAUGAUAAAAAUACUUCUUGUUGUUCUCGUCAUUAUUAUUGGUCUCUUUCUUCGGUGGCGUUUGAUUAGAUCAGGUAAUUGGUCUGGAGUUGUAGGUACUAACUUUCGUUUUCCGUUUGGCGACUGGCGUACUAUAUUGACAAGUAAAGAUGGACUUCACUUAUUGCACUUGUGUGAAAAGCUUGGUAAUCCGUAUGUUUAUCGGAUUUGGAUGGGUCCUCAGCCAGCACUAGUACUUGCUCAUCCAGAUGCUGUUCGUGAAUUUUGGCAAUAUCAUGAUGAAACAAAAAUUGAACGCGAAGUGAAAUUAAGUUGGGCACUCUUAGAUAUCAUGGGCCAAGCAAUCGGUUUCAAACCGUAUCGAGCUCGCAAUCGUAUUAGCAAAUUCUUUCAUUUUUGUUUUGGGCCUAAAAAUAUCAAUCGAUUUCAUAUGAAAAUAGAAAAUGCUAUCACUGAAUUUAUGAUUCGAUUGCGUUAUCUUACUAAUAAUGAUACACUAGUGGACAUUCGCAAGGAACUCAGUUAUUUAGGACAUGAUGCUAGUACUUACAUAUAUCUUGGUCAAAAAAGUUCUCGAUAUCUCAAUAUACUUCAUGAACUAGUCAAUGAAAUGAAUCAUCUCAUGACUUUGGCAUGUUGUUCUAUUUGGAUCAAUGUUGUCGGGUUACGAUGGAUUUUACCUCAAGCAUACAAAUUACGCUUAAAAACUGCCUCUUUUCGACACAAAUGGAAAAGUUUACUCCGGACACUAAUGUCAGAAUAUAAAGAAGAGCUAAAAACUAAUAAAAACGAUAACGAACACAUAAAUGAUUCGAUGCUUACACGAUUUAUACAAAUGGAAGCUGAAGGUAAAUCUGAUGUGACUUUUGAAGAAUUGAUGGAUACAUUCACUGAGAGUCUUUUCUUUCCUUCUGACGUCGUUGCUGCCACGACUGCUUAUACACUCAUUUUACUUGCCAUGAAUCAAGAUGUGCAGUCAUUCACUCGAGAACUUCUGUGCAAUCAACUGAUCGAUCGAUCAACAGUGACAUUAGAUGAUAUUAAUUCGAUUGAGUAUCUUGAUUGGAUUUUAAGUGAAUGUCAACGAAUAUUUCCUGUACAAAUGUUGAAUACACCAGAAUUCACUAGUCAAGUAAUGACUAUUGCUGGUAUAACUGUUCCAAAAAACACUAUGGUCAUUUAUGAUACUCAUUCAAUGCAUCGCAGAGAUGACAUUUGGGAUGAACCACUUGUCUUUCGACCUGAACGCUUUCGCCAUUUAAAUGCCAAGCAACGCAAAGCUAUUCAUGCUUUUGGUAAUGGACGAACUCGUCGCUGUCUUGGUGAAUACUUUGUCAAAUCUCUACACAAGUUACUAAUUGCUCGUAUUGUGCUUGAUUAUCGAGUUCAAACAAUCGAUAGCAAUCAAAAAAUUGACGAGAUUCCUCGAAAACAAAUUCCGUUGGCUUAUGCACCUGAUAUUUGCCUCCAAUUUGUGCCUCUAUAA